CAGAGUAAAAACACAAUUUAAUUUGUAACUUUUUUCGAACCAGUCAUCAAUUAGAAAUAUUUGUGUGAAAAACACGAAUUCUUGUUUCUCUGUGUUAUAAUAAGAUUAAAUUAACUCAGAAAAAUAAAUUACAUUAAUUCCUCAAUACGGUUUAAGAUUUCGCCACAUAGAAGAUUAAAUACUACCUCCUAUAUAUUAUACUGGUGUUAUACGUGCAUGCAAUUAAGUAAACAAAUAAUUUAUUUCUUGUUGAAUUAGUUCUUGGUACUCUGUAUUCAUAAGAAAGAAGAAAGUGUAUUUUCCAUUUAAUACGCAGCAAAAAAGUGCAAUUGAAAAAUGAAGUCAUCGAGAAUUGUUUUUGCUGUAUGCCUGUUUGUAGGACUCCUAGUCGUUCCCUUUAAUUGUGAAGAUGUAUUGAAAGCAGAUGAAACAACAACUACAACUGCAUUACCAUUAAAAAAUGAUACAACAACAGCAACACCAGCACCACCAACUCCAGAAACAACUACUACACUAAAGCCAGAUAAUACAACAACUCCGGCUCCUGAGACAACUACAAAAGCUCCAGAUACCACUACUAAAGCUCCAGACACAACUACUAUAGCACCAGACACAACCACUACCACAACAACAACUACAACACCUAAAACAACAACAUCAACUGUUGCUCCCGAUACAAAUACUACAACAACAGUUGCCCCAGAUACCACAACGGUAGCACCUAAUACCACAACUGUAGCUCCAUCACCAACUCCAUCUCCAAAACCCGGCCCUGUGCCACCAUGCGGACAUUUUGACGGACCCUCGUUCAUUGGAGGUAUUGUUUUAACUUUGGGCUUAAUGGCCAUCGGCUUGGUAGCCUACAAAUUUUACAAGGCUCGCAAUGAACGUAAUUACCAUACCCUUUGAGCCGCCACUGCAUUUACGUCUGCAUUUAAUGCGGCUUCUACAGCGGCAGCUGCUGCUUCUAAUGCGGCUGCCACUGAUGCAGAGCGUGUACGAUUUGUACAACCAGCAAUACCUUUGCGUUCACCACCCUCUCCGCCCCCACCACCUCCAAAUCAACCACAACAGCAGACAUCAUCUCCCUCAGCACGUCAAAGGCUACUUUAUACAUAAAAACUCAAUUUUUUUUUCCUACAAGCAACAUAAACAAAUAUUUCUUCAAAUUCUUUUCAACACUUAUUUCUUCUUAUUAACAAACGUACAUACGAACUAAUGUGUACGUCUGAAAAGAAAAAUGUUAUUAUACUGCAUACAAUUAUAUACGAACGAAUACAUCAUAUGCAAGCAACUACGCAACUAUAAGUACUAAAAGACGCGUUACCCGUACGUAUAAUUAUCCUAUAGAACUAAACAAACGAAAAACAAAACAUCAUGGGCCUUUAAAAUUUGUAUUUUUUAUUAAAUAUACAUUACAUGCAUACAUAUAAUAUAUAUUGAUUGAAGAAAGUGAACAAAUAAUUAUAAUAUUUUACUAAAUAUACAAAAAAAAAAAAAACACCACACACCCAUAGUAAUGUAAAGGGAUACUAAAACAUACAUAUGUGAGAGAGGAGCAACAGGAAAAGAUUUAUCACAGGAUAAUUGGGGCAUACAUACAUAUUUGAGACUGUAUAAAUAAAGUAAGAAAUAUGAAUGAAUGAAUAUAAUAAUGAUAUGUGCUUAUUACACACCCCCCUUAAAUUUAUAUUAACAAAUUUUUCAUGGAAAAAUAUUAAUUAAAUUAAAUUUAAAUGAAAAAAUAAACAUAAUCUUAUCAAUUAUGAAUAUAAAACAAAAUUUAUCUAUUGCUAAACUACAUUAAGAGGGAUAAAUUAUAUAUAUACACAUAAAUAUAGUAUGUUACAAAAAAAAAAAGUUCUACGGAUUUAAUAAAUAAAUUGAAAAUAAUAUCAAAUACAAUUUAAAAAAUAACUAACAGCAUAAAUAAUUACAUACAUACAAUUAAGUAUUUGUAAUGUAUGCAAACAUACAUAUAUACACAUGUAUUUCAAUUUGAAUUUGAAUAACUUUUAGUUUAUUUUUACUUUCAGUUAAAUCUUAUGGAUAUGCAUACAUACUAAUAAUACAUUAAUAUUUUGCUCAACUCAAAUUACUCAUAGAAUAUUUUCAAAAUAAACAAGUCUAUCUUACUAAAAUGCUUACAAUGUGAAAAAUUCUUAAGAAUUUGCUAUCGCUAUUUUUUUAUUCUGUACUUUUGUUUAUUUCCAACUGAAGUAAUCGUAACAAAAUUCUGCACCAUGAAGAGGGUUUUAAUGUUUUGAUAAAAAGAAAUCUUAGUUUUUUUCGUACAUACAUCCAACAUUAUUUUUUUCUUAUAUGUACGUCCGCUUAUCGCAAUAAUAUUCCUAAACCUUAGCUGUACAGUUGUUGCUUUUAAGAAAUUGCAAAUUCUGAUAAGCUCAAAAAGCACUCAGUUUUAAAGGCACAAUAGUAAGUAGUAUGUAUGUAUAAUAUAUUUUCAAGAAUUUGCUUAAUAAGCGAUAUAUAUUUCUUUUAUUCAUAUCAGUCUUUUUUGUUUGCUUUUGAGAAAAAAAGUUUUUAAGUUUUAUGUAUGUUUUGUUUUAUUGUAAUCUAAAAUAUUGUUUGUUAACUAUAAUUAUUUGGAACCUAAUACAUAGUAUCGUAAUCUACUCGUAUUAUGUUUAAUAACAGUUUAAACCUUAAACCCAAAUUCACAUAUAUGUAUACAUAUUGUUUGUCAAUCAAUCACUAACAAUAAUGCUUUAUGUUAUUGCUAAAAUAGUAGUCUUUAUAACAUAAAAAACUAUGAAAUUCUAGAAUUUUCUUUUCCAAAAUUUUAUGAAAUAAAAACACAAUCUUAUAAAAAA